AGGAGGCAUGGGAGACCUCCCCGGAGCUGCAGCUGCCGCCGGCGCCGGACACCGGCGUGCCAAUGAGAAACCACCGGGAAGGGACAACCAAAGCAGACUCCAUAGUGCAGUCCACGCCCAGUUGCAGCAACACCUGAUAUGAGCAACAACCUCGUCCCAGCACGGCUCGAUAUGACCUUUUCGCAGCAACUUCCCCUCCUCACUCCCAACUCUUCCCCUAGUAAGCGUUCAGAGCCCGCUUCCCAUAACAGCAACAGCUGCUUAGGAGCAACACAGCCCCCAGGCGCUGACGCGUUGCUCCUAACGAGCGUGUCGGAUGUAAUUAGACCCAAGACAACAAGGCCAAGGUUUGAGGCCCGGCCUUGCCCUUGGGGAUGGACUACCGCCCCCGGCCUGACUUCCAGCCGCACUUGACCUCACUGCCGUACCGUCACGCCAGCGAGGGCAUGGGGGUCCUCACCGUGGGCGAGCCCCAGGGCCCAGCCAGGCACCACGUGGCCGUCUGCAAGCAGGACAGCCUGUCCUUCGUGGAGCUGCCCGCCCUCCAGCCGCCGGCUCCAGGGGAUUGCAGCCUCUUCCAGAGCUCCUCCGAGGACCAGGGCCCGGAGAGCCCACCGCCGCGCCCCGAAGGCUGGCCCCCCGCCCCGCACGGCUACCUAGACUUCUGCCACGAAACGGCCUGGAUCCCGGACGCCUGGGUCCCCUCUGGAAGCUGCACCGGGGACGGGGGCUCGCAGCCCGGGACAGCAGGGCUCUGCGCCCCGCAGGGCAGGCAGGUGCAGGGCAAGGCGGACAGCUGGCCCCACGGCCGCCCCUCCGAGGCGUCCGACUCUUCACCCUCCUUGCUCAGUGACUCCUCUCUCCACGAGCUCCUCGGCGGGCCGGCCGCCCAGCGGCGAGGGUCCCAAGGGACGGGCAAGGAGAAGCUGGCCUGGAGGAAGAUCCGGGUCUACUCCCCGGACAGCCCCAGCGACAGCAGCCCCAGCCUGGAGGGGGACACGGGAUCCCAGUGUCCCGAGGCCACGCGGCCCGCGGGGGAGCUCACGCUGGGGGAGAUGGCGCUGCGGGCGCUGAGGCCAGCUCCGGAGGGGUAUCCCCGCGAGGUGCCUGAGACGCUGGACCUGGCGCUGCCCCCGCAUGCAGGCGGCCGGAGCGCCAAGGCCUCGGCGGAUCAGGAGAGGAGACGCUUCUCCGCCUCGGAGCUCGUGAACCGGCUGCAGCUGUCUCAGCGCCGCGGCACCUUCUCCCUCAAGCUGGGCAAGUCCCUGUCCGCCCGGAGCGCUGCCAAGGAGAAAGGAGCUGGGGCAAGCCAGGAAGGGAAACUGGGAGGACGGGAGCGGAGCUGCAGCGCCGACGAGCGUCCGUCCCCAGCCAGCGAUGGUGGGAACGGCUGGCCCAGGACCAAGGCGGAGCAGGAGACCCCCGGGGGGGCCUCGCUGAAGCACGAAAGGCGGCAGUCCCGGUUCCUCCUGAACUCCAUCCUGUACCAGGAGUACAGCGACGUGGCCAUCGACCGAGAGAUCCAGCGGCAGAAGCGGGAGGACGCGCUGGCGGAGGAGGAGGACGAGGUGCUGGCGCCGCCCAAGACCAACCUGUCUCCCAGCAGCUCCUUCCGCUCGCAGCGCGCGUCCCGCGGCUCCACCUUCUCGCUGUGGCAGGACAUCCCGGACGUGCGGAGCAGCGGGGUCCUCAGCACCAUCAGCCUCCAGGAGUGCAAGCUGCAGGAGGCCAAGUUCGAGCUGAUCACCUCGGAGGCCUCGUACAUCCACAGCCUGUCCAUCGCGGUGGACCACUUCAUGAACUCCCGGGAGCUGAACGAGUGCCUGGGAGCGCAGGAGAAGCAGUGGCUCUUCUCCAAGCUCCCCGAGGUGAAGGACGUCAGCGAAAGGUUCCUGCUGGAGCUGGAGGAGCGGCUGGAGGAGGACAUCCUGCUCUUCGACGUGUGCGACAUCGUGCUGCGCCACUGCCCCGCUUUCCGCCGCGUCUACCUGCCCUACGUCACCAACCAGGCCUACCAGGAGCAGACCUACCAGCGCCUGCUGCAGGACAAUGCCAAGUUCCCAGGCAUCCUGGCCAAGCUGGAAGAGGGGCCCGUGUGUCAGCGCCUGCCCCUCACGUCCUUCCUGAUCCUGCCCUUCCAGAGAAUCAUGCGCCUGAAGAUGCUGGUGGAGAACAUCCUGAAACGGACCCCGCAGGGCUCCCGGGAUGAGGACACAGCCACCAAAGCCUUCAACGAGCUCAAGAAGCUGGUGAAGGAGUGCAACGCCAGUGUCCGCUCCAUGAAGAGGACAGAGGAGCUCAUUCACCUGAACAAGAAAAUCCACUUUGAGAGUAAGAUCUUCCCGCUGAUCUCGCAGUCGCGCUGGCUCGUGAAACACGGGGAGCUGGUGGAAGUGGACGUGCCGCUGCUCAGCACGUUCGCCUCCAAGUUCAAGCUGUGCACCCGCACCGUGUAUCUGCACCUCUUCAACGACUGUCUCCUGCUGUCCCGACGCAAGGAGACAGGGAAGUUUGCCGUGUUUGUUCACGCCAAGAUGCCCGAGCUCAAAGUGACCGACCUGAGCAAGAAGCUCCAGGGGAUCCCGGGGCAGAUCUUCCACCUACAGCUCUUCAACAACCAGAGCCUGAAGCACCAGAUCCUGCUGCGAGCGCAGACCGAGAGCGAGAAGCAGCGAUGGAUCUCGGCGAUGGUGCCCUGCAGCCCCCAGACGGACAAGGAGCACGUCACCGAGACCGCAGACAGCACCCAGGUGCAGUGCAUCAAGGCCUACAAAGCCCAGGAGCACGACGAGCUGACGCUGGAGAAAGCCGACAUCCUGGCCGUCAAGACCAGGACCAGCGACGGGUGGAUCGAGGGCAUCCGCCUGUCGGACGGCGAGCGGGGCUGGGUGCCCAAGGGCCACGUGGAGGAGAUCACCAGCCGCAGCGCCCGGCUCCGCAACCUGCGGGAGAACGACCGCCUCAAGCACGCCACGCGCAAGCUGGAGCAGGGCCAGGCCUGAGCCGCCGGGGCAGGCUCCGGGCACGCACAGGACCCCCCCCCUGGACAGAGACCCGGGGCCGUGCCCGGGGGGUCUCCAGCGGCUCCCGGGGUCCCCUGGGAACGAGGUCGGGGGUGCCUCUCCUUGCACGGACCUGCCGUCUCCUCCAGCCGCUGUCCUGGAGAGGGACAUGUGGGCACCUUGGGGCCGGAUCCUGACCGGGUCCGGGGAGACACAGCUGCAUGGCCGGUGCAGCGGGCAUCCCACCUGUGCCCCGAGUGCUGGGCGAGGGGCCAGGACCGAGCGAAGCCGAGCUCCCCUCAUCUAGCAGGGGACAUCUUCAGGCCCCUGCGGCUGUGUGGCUGCAGAGAUUCAAGGGAGCCCAAGGGAGUUAGGUGCCUGGAUGCCCUGGAGGGAGGAUGGGUGCCAAGGAAGGACCUGACUCCCUCAGAAAACCCCAGGAUGAUCGCCGGGGCCUGUCGUGCCUACCGAGGGCUGGGCUGAGACCCAGCAAAGCCACAGCAAGGACAAGACCCCUGGGCACGGAUGCAGGGGUGGGGGAGCAUCGGCCCCGGCAGGGCAGGGAGCUGCAGCCGAGGUGCCAGGCAGGGUCCUGAGGAACCUCUCUGUCAUUAUGGGCACCAUUAAAUGCCUCAGAUUUGCUGGCA